AUGGCGCCCCCACCUGAAGUCUUGAAGGACCUCCAGGGAGACAUCUGGCCUGGUCUUGGAAAGUCCCAUGAAACGUUCUUCUUGUUCAGCAUCACAAAGCCCGAUGACUUCAAGAGGAGGGUCAAGACCAUGGUGGAUGAAAACAAGAUCACCACCGCCGAAGAUGCGCUCAGGAAAAGAGCCCAGAACCGGGAUCCCCACCAGGCUGGGCCUGAGGCUGGAAUCAACGUGGGGUUCAGCCCAAAGGGGAUGCAAACGCUGAAAUGGUUUUCCAGGGAAGACCUCGGAAGAGGAAACACUCUCACCAACCGCCAGUUCUGCGAUGGAGCCGCCACGCUGGCCCUUGACCAAGGUCGCGAUAUUGUAGAGGAUUAUGAACCUUGGAUGGCUGCCCACAUCAAGGGCACAAAGACGAUCCAUGGCGUGUUUAUUAUCUGCGGUGACAAGGAUUCCUGUGAAAAGGGGGAGGCUCUUGUCUCGAAGAUGCUCGGCGACUCGAUUGAACACAUCUACAGCCUUAAGGGAAGUGUUCGGACUGGUGAAGCCAAGGGUUACGAGCACUUCGGAUUCAGGGAUACCAUCUCUCAGCCUAGGUUGGACGGGUGGGAUAAGGAAGACCCGGCACUGUCUCUUCCUUACAAAUGCCGACCAGGUGUUAUUGUGAUGAACCACCCCGGCACCAACGGGUUCAAUGAAGAUGUGGGACAGUGGGAGCCCGAGUGGGCGAAGAAUGGCAGCUACUUCGUUCUCCGCAAGAUGGAGCAGGACGUUGGAAAGUUUAGAGAUCAUGCGAAGAAGCUUGCAGAGGACAAAUCGCUGGGCUUGAACUUGAAGCCCCAUCAGUUGGAAGCACGCUUUGUUGGGCGAUGGCACAGUGGUGCACCCCUCGAGUACUUCCCCAAGGAGGACCCUGCCAGGGACAAGAAUGGCCCGCAAUGGGACUUUGGCAACAACUGGGAGUACAAAGAGCCCAUUGAUGAGUUGAGGUGCCCCUACGGAUCGCACAUCCGCAAGUCAAACCCCCGAAACAACUUCGGCCAGUCGGCACACAACAAGGACAAGAGCUUGAUUAUGCGCCGCGGGAUCCCUUACGGGUCUGACUACAGUGAGGCCACAAAGGACGAGAAGCGCGGUCUUUUGUUCGGAUGCUACCAGAGCAAUGUCAUGAAUGGUUAUGCCUGUAUUAUGGACAGAUGGAUCAACAAUGAUUCUUUCCCGAUGAGGGGUUCAGGCCAGGAUGUCCUUGUGGCUCAACCCAUCAAGGGCGCCGUUAGUGAAAGCGACAAGACAUUGCACGCGAACCUCUACGGCCUGGACGAGGACGGCAACCCCCACGCUUUGGACAGCAACAACGAGCCGCCGGCACAUAAGAAGAAGCGCUGUGACUUCCCCGGCUUCAUCAAGAUCCGUGGUGGAGAGUUUUUCUUCAACCCUCCUGUCUCAUUCUUUGGUAGGAUGGUCGAGAAAUUGUAA